GUAAGCGACAUAACUCAGAGAGAGGGUGUCCCAAAAGGCAGUACAGAGCAUGCCCAAGAAGUAAAGGAACAAGCAAGAAGUCUUUUAAGCUCUCUCCCUAAAGUAUUUAGACCGAAGGUUUUAGCAAAAGUUUCACAUAAUGGCGAGAGCUUUGUUGGCGCGUCGAUUGCAGUAAGUGAUUUCUUACGCCCUCUUUAUUUGCACAAAAGAAUUGCUGAUUUCAGAAAACCUAGCCUCAGAGAAGCAAUCAUAUUUCAUCAGCCAUUAGAAACAGCAGAUACGCAGGACUGGAGCUCGGAAGCAUCAAAGAUCUAUGGCACCCACACACCCAGUGACACCACCAAACCUGCAUGUGGAAAUUGCCGACGCACUUUCAGAAACUUAGAAGGCUUUGUACGAGAGAAUGAGCAAGGAGAUGAUAACAAUACAACAAUCCUCGGCGCAUGUGCAGAAUACUGUCCUGUUAACAAACUUCUUCACGAUGAAACAAAUGAUGGUUCAGAAAUAGGUCCUCGUCUUCAUAUGAAUUUGGGGCGAUGCUUAGAACUCUUUCAGAAAUUCGAUGCAAUUGGUAAACAGUGCCAAGAAGCUGAUAGUUCUGAAAAUAAAAGAAUCCAAAAAAAGGUGUACAAACAAGUACAUCCUAUACUUGACAUUUUUGGCCGAUCACCAGAAUUCAAUAACAAGUUCUAG